ACGACGUAACAUCCGGUGUGACGGACGCGUGAAGUGGGUGAAAGGUGAAGAAGAGUCGCUUCUGGUGUUUGCUGGUUUUCUGCUCGGGGAUCGUCAUGCUGCAGAACUCGGGGAAGCUCGCCGGCUGCACGCUCUUCAUCACGGGAGCGAGCCGCGGCAUCGGGAAGGCCAUCGCCCUCAAAGCCGCUCGGGACGGCGCCAACGUGGUGAUCGCCGCCAAAACGGCCGAGCCGCACCCGAAGCUUCCUGGAACCAUCUUCACGGCGGCAGAUGAAGUGGAGGCGGCCGGAGGGAAGGCGCUGCCCUGCGUCGUCGACAUCCGGGAUGAGCAGCAGAUCGGAGCGGCCGUUCAGAAAGCCGUGGAAACGUUUGGAGGCAUCGACAUCCUGGUGAACAACGCCAGCGCCAUCAGCCUGACGGGAACACUGGAGACGCCCAUGAAGAAGGUGGACCUGAUGCUGGGGAUCAACCUGAGAGGAACAUACCUGACGUCGAAGCUGGUCAUCCCCCACCUGCUGAAGAGUCGCCGUCCUCACAUCCUGAACCUGUCGCCGCCCCUUAACCUGAACCCCGUCUGGUUCAAGAACCACACCGCGUAUACGAUGGCGAAGUACGGCAUGUCCAUGUGCGUCCUGGGAAUGGCUGAAGAGUUCAGAGGUCAAAUUGCCGUCAACGCUCUGUGGCCCAGAACCGCGAUCCAGACAGCAGCCAUGGACAUGCUGGGAGGCGACGGUAUCGGGAAGCAGUGCCGUACGGCGGACAUCAUAGCGGACGCCGCCUACGCCGUUCUGUCCAAGCCCAAGGACUACACGGGUCACUUCCUGGUGGACGAGGACGUCCUCAAGGAGCACGGCGUCAAAGACUUUGACCAGUACGCCGUCCAGCCAGGUGAGUCCCACCUCUCACCUGGUCGACACACGGCACCAUGUGAUGCUGACGAAGCCUCUGAUUGGUUCACAGGCCACCCGCUGCUGCCAGACUUCUUCCUGGACGAAGCGCCGGAGUCUCUGGUCAAACAGAUGGAGCAGCACGGGGCAACGCCAGCCUUCAAAGCGCCCCCCUCGGACACGCCCCUUUCUGCCGGACCAAUAGAAGGCACCUUUGACAUCAUCAGAGGCGUAAUCAACGAGGACGUUGUCAAGGCGACUCAGGGCGUGUACCGCUUUGACCUCUCAGGAGACCACAGCGGCGUCUGGUUCCUGGACCUGAAGAGCGGUUCUGGCAGCACGGGUCCGGGUGAGCCCCCCGCCAAGGCCGAUGUCGUCAUGACGAUGGACUCCGGCGACUUCACUAAGAUGUUUGCAGGGCAGCUGAAGCCGACCAUGGCCUUCAUGACGGGGAAGCUACGCAUCAAAGGAGACAUGACGCUCGCCAUCAAGCUGGAGAAGCUGAUGGGCCGCAUGAACAAGGCCAAGCUGUGAGGCCCCGCCCUCUGGGGGGAGGCCCCGCCCUCUGGGGGGAGGCCCCGCCCUCUGGGGGAGGCCCCGCCCUCUGGGGGGAGCCCCGCCCUCUGGGGAGAGGCCCCGCCCUCUGGGGGGAGGCCCCGCCUCCUCACCAUUUCUAGCUGUUCAGGUUGCCUUAACAACGGACUCACACCUCGAUAUAGCGCCAGCCGCUUUGGACCGUGUGGAUGUUGCACAGGAACUGAUUCUCUUACCGCGACUAACUGCUGAUUGUGUUACCAUGGGAACAGAAAAUAAAGGAAUUAAAUGGA